AUGAAACGGGAAACAUUCAAGGAAUAUUAUAAAAAUUAUGGUCCUAAUGAAAAACGCCUUAUAGAUGCUCUUUUCGACCAACUAAGACAAUCUACGACACCCCGCUUCAACUACAGCGAGCCAGACAUCUACACAAACCAAAGAAAUCAGGACAAAGAACAGGAAAAGCCGUCUGGCGAAAAAGUAAGGAGAAGGCGAAGAGAUUCCAAGGAUGAUGAUGAACUGAUAGAUAUCCCCAAAGGAAAACCAGUGAAAGGAUCGAAGGAAAGAGUAAUGAGUGGCCUCAAUGCUGCCUCCUGUCAGCAGCUCAAAGUAUUCUACUGCUUGUUCUCAAAAAAGAAAGACCAGGCGUUAACAAAUGCCCUACUGGACGAGCCACGGCUUUCUACUCUCGGGAAAGCUGUGGCAUUUCACUGA